GAUUCAAAGACUUGUGCCUUAUUUUUUGCGAGAGUGAAGGAAGAACUAUUUUAUUAAACAGUUGAUCAAUAAAAAUAAGAUGUCUAAAAUAUUGCCGCGACAGUGUGGCCGUGGAGUCAUAUCUAAUGGAGGAGGUAUUAACUCUGAGAAGGAUUUACGUGAACAAGUGCAUCAUGAAAUUGAGACCAAGUCAAAAAUAUGUUCCAACCCAACAUAUGAAUGUUCUAUUCCACGUAUCGAUGGUUAUGAUUUUUGUAUUAGACAUAUAUUGAGAGAUCCAAAAGGCAAUUUUCGACAGUGUACUUACACAUACAGCAACAACAAAAAGUGCACAAAUGCUUUGCCAAAGCAUGACCUUAAAAAUGAUCCAAAUAUGACUACACUCUGUUUUGAACAUAAUCGCCAAGUGCAGUUGCAAAAGACGCAUGCCUCUGUCGGUAAAUUGAAGCAAGUAGAUUCAAAUGAUGUGCUACUUAAUAGUUUGGCACACCAUAUUAAUGUCGAGGACACACCACUCAAAAAUGACACUAACUGCGAGCAGGAUGAAGAAAUUGAUGUGGUAUCGCCAUAUGUAAUGCCUUUUGUUACCCACGAUCAAGUGCACAUGAUCAGUGAUGUCGUUUGUACAAUGCGCAAGCGCAAGCGCAUAUUAGAUUACGCAUCCGAUAGUUCCACCGACGAGGAAGUGAUUUGUAUGAGCAAUACCUCCCAUGGUUAUGAAUGUAAUGAAUCGGACAAUGAAAGUGUAGAUUCUCAAGAUGAUGACCUUUUGAAACAUGCCGGCAUUUAUACACGCCAAGAGGCAAUACGUAUAUCGGAAGCAAAAUUGACUAAACUACAAGGUUUGUACAUAGAUCAAAUAAAUCGUUUGCAUCACAUGUUGCGUGAAAAACGACGUCGAUAUUUACAUGCUAUUCGCCGCGAACGAGAACACUUGUGCAGCAUCCAUGAACAGCUUAAAGAGAGUCACCGAGAAAGAGCAUUGUAUGACCAGCUUAAAGCCUUGAAUUCAUAUCACAGACGCCAUGGUAUGGAGGCCGUUCUAUAUAAGAAAUUUAAAGAAAAAAGAGGACGUGCUGCUGCCGAAGGUGUUGGCACAAAAUCAUCAUUUCCUAAAUGCAUAUUCACGGAGGGCGGUGUCAAAUGCGGUGAUCGUGCACUGCCAUGCUGCAAAUACUGCCGCAAGCAUAUAUUGGAAGAUAAAAAACAAAUCCUUUUUAAGGCUUGCGAAAAGGAAAAAUCUGGUGUCGUUUGUCAAGAACCUAUACCGUGCAUAUUGGAUGAUUCCACUUGUGUUCUUCACUUGACUAUACCCCAGCAAAAACACUAUGUACAAAAGAAAUAUGAGUCCGAAACUGAGGAGGAAGAAAUUGGCAUUAAAACCGAGCCUUUGGACAAAUCGGCUAUAGAUUUAAAAAUGUCAUUACAAUUAAAUGCUUUGAAAGAAAUGAAAAAUGAUCAGCGUAUCGAAAAUUCGAGUGCAUCUACAAGAUAAAAUAAAUUAUGUAUGUGUACAUUUUUUUCCAUUGUGAAAUAAAAACACACGAAAAGGAAUAAA